UUUUUUUUUAAAUAUAUUUUGUUUUGUGGUGUAAACCAACUAUUAAGCUUCUAUGAUACAGCUAACGCAGCACACAAACACGUUUCUUUAAAUAUGUCGAUUUUUCUUGCAAUUAUGAGGUUUUUAAUGGAGGUUUAAGGGAGGUUUUAGGUCUACCUACUGGUGGUUAGCCUUCGAGCCCCUCAAGCAAACGUUCCCCCACCCUCCACAGCCACCAACAGAAACCCCCAACCACCGCCAUGGCACCAUCCCUGUGUCUGACUUGCUGAAGAACUUUCUGGGUUGUUAGCUUUCGCCAAAUUAGGGUUUGUCCCACGUGAGAAUGGUGGAAUGAUCGACUCAAAAAUAUACUAUUUCUUCUUAACCCCCACAAUCAAAAAGACCCUAGUUAUUAUCCCCUUUGUUUUAUAAUAAUUAUUUUAUUUAAUAAUUAUUAUUUUAUUCUCUUUUUGAUUUAUUUAUUACUCGGUUAGGUUGGUGGCGCUAUUCAAUGAUAAGGGGAGGUGUUGUUUGGGACUGUGUUGGGAUUGGUUUGUCUUUGUCUUUGUCUUUGUCUGGGGAGGAUUGAUUUUCUCUGCAGAUUGGGGCUUGAAAACAUUUUCAAGUCCCGUCUGCUUCCCGCUCGAGGUGCAACUUUUCUUGGGGCUUUCAGUUUCAGGUAUCUUAUAUUUUAAUUUGGGUUUUUGCUUACUGUUUCUGAUUAUGUACUGCGUUUCGGGUGGAGCUGCUUGAGACCCUUGAUAGCGUUUCUGAUAAUGACUAGAGGGACUGGAAAACAAUAAAGUAAAAGAAGUUUCUUCUAAUGGGUUUCUUUUGAUUUGGGGGUUUCAGUGUCUGGGUGAUUUGUUCUGGUUUAUUGGGGAAACCUCUGGGAUAGAAAUGCAAAAGAUGGCUACUUGUUACCCAGGUUCAAGCAAUGAAAGUGAUGCCUUGCCAACUCCAUAUAUCCAGAGCCCAAAACUUGCUGCUUAUGCUGAACAACGUCUCCUUCCUGGUAAUGUUGUGUUGCAUCUGAGUCAAGCUCCUUCUGACGGGUCUUACUCAGAGACAUUAGUUGGCAGUUCUUUGUCCCAUCACAAAUGUGUUGAAAACCCAACUGUAGGUGGCGGAAAUGAGGUAGUGUUCAUUCCACGAAUGGGUGACUCUGUGUGUGCACAAUCCAUCAGUGGGCAGUUAAACACUGCAGCAGGGGAUCCGGUUGGCAACUCUUUUAUGCGGGAUCCUCAGAUGAUACCAAGGACACAAUCGGGCAUUCUAGAUGGUGAACAGAAUCCACAAUAUCAAGGAUUAUCUCUCAGUCUUAGCUCAGAGAUUCCUUCAACCGUACCUGGGCAUGCUCUUCCAUACCAGUAUUUGACUCCAGGUCUCUCUUCAAUGCUGAAUACUCAUUUUCCAGGUUUGUGGGUAGAUGGGUGUGGGACAAUCUCUUGUAAAGAUGACGAAAGUUCUCAAAAUAGUGUGUGGAAGAAUUCUGAAUGUUCACCAUCUGAUUUACCUGGAGGCAAUCAUAAUGCAACCAAAUUGGGUGAUUUAAACAGUACCCAGUGCUCAAUAACCUCCCGAGAAAUGAACCCGUAUCCAUGUCAAUAUGAAAUGCCAGGGUCUGUGAGCACCAUUCUUAACUCCAAAUACCUCAAGGCAGCCCAGCAAUUGCUCGAUGAAAUAGUUAAUGUUUGGGAGGCAUUGAAGCAUCCCAAGUUUGGUAAACAUAAAAACUUCCAUGUGUCUGGUCUAUCUGAGGAGACUGGUGAGAGAUCUAAUUCUAUUACUAUGCUUACCUCAAUCAACGGGAUUUCUUCAGAGUUCAACGAGUCGGUUACUAACUCCUCUGAGCUAUCACCUGGAGAACGACAGGAUUUGCAGAACAAGAAGGCUAAACUUUUGUCCAUGUUGGAUGAAGUAGACAGAAGAUACAGACAAUAUUACUAUCAGAUGCAAAUUGUGGUAUCAUCUUUUGACACGGUGGCUGGUUGUGGGGCAGCUAAAUCUUAUACUGCACUUGCCCUCCAAACAAUUUCCCGCCACUUUCGCUGCUUGCAUGAUACAAUCGCAGGUCAGAUUCAACAGACCCAGAAAAGUCUUGGGGAGCAGGAUACUUCACUAAAUUGUCAAGGAGGAGGAAUAACUCGCCUCCGUUAUGUGGACCAGCAAGUUAAACAACAGAGGACUCUUCAGCAUCUUGGUGUUAUCCGACAUGCUUGGAGGCCACAAAGGGGUCUACCUGAAAGCUCUGUUUCAAUCCUUCGUGCAUGGCUAUUUGAGCACUUCCUUCAUCCUUACCCAAAGGAUUCAGAGAAAAGCAUGUUAGCGAGACAGACGGGCUUGACCAGAAACCAGGUUGCAAACUGGUUUAUAAAUGCGAGGGUACGUCUUUGGAAACCAAUGGUUGAGGAGAUGUACAAAGAAGAGUUUGGUGAUUCAGAGUUAAACUCUAAAUCUUCACCUGAAAAUGCAGCCAAACCUGCCAGAGAUAACUCCUGGGCAUCAGAAACAAGGGGGGAGGAGUUGCAGGAAAGUGCAACAUCAAGAUUUGCUGAUAGUGGCCACCCACAGCAAUGCCACAACUUGAAGUCUGAUCUUAUCCCAGACAUAGAAAUGAAUGGACCAGCAGCAAGUGCAAACUUUCAGAAUGGUGCUUAUGGAGACGACAUGAUUUGCAUGGUGCAAUUACAGGCUAAUCAACGAUCUAAUGUAGAUAAUCUCGGUGUUUAUCACAGUGAGAUUUUUCCACCAGACCAAAAUGUUGCUGGUGGUCUUGUGGCUGCUGCUGCUGCUGCACAAUAUCGUAUAUCCAAUUUGGACGAUGUGUCAGUUGACAGCCAGGUGUCACUUGCAUUAGGUUUGCAGCAUUGUGAGAGUGAUGCGGCGUUAGGUGGGUCCCAUUUCAGAGGGGAUGAUACAGGAACCCAACAGCACAGGUUUGGGAAACCUCAUCUGUUACAUGAGGUGGCUUGAAUUAAUCCCUGCCUAUUACAGCUGAAACAGAGUUCAUCCCGAGAGAGGUACUUUUUCAAAAUAAAAGCAGAAAUGGUGUGCCUUGAUCUGUUGCUUUGGUGCCAUUCAUUCUACUUGUGGGUCCCAUUUCAGAGGGGAUGAUACAGGAACCCAACGACACAGGUUUGGGAAACCUCAUCUGUUACAUGAAGUGGCUUGAAUUAAUCCCUGCCUAUUACAGCUGAAACAGAGUUCACCUCGAGAGAGGUACUUUUUCAAAAUAAAAGCAGAAAUGGUAUGCCUUGACCUGUUGCUUUGGUGCCAUUCGUUCUCCUCGUGGAUUUUCCUAGGAUUGAGAGACAGAUGCUGUAUGAUUGUAUGAAUAUGAUUUGUUGAUAUGGCUAAGAUAACCAUUGUAAUUGUAAUAUAACAAAGAGAUCAGCAGUAGCUUAGUGAAUUUGUAAAGAUACAACGAUAUUCUUGUGUAUCAUGAUGAAUAAGGACUAUGUACAAUUCUUGCCAAGUGUGACAUUAAUGUAUUAUGUGACAUUGAAUAAAAUGCAAUAUGGGAGUUGGUUGA